CAUGACCCAGCAACAUAUAUCGGAUGACAGACCCAUCAUUCUACCAAAACCCUCCGCUUCUCACGAGACACAUCUCUCUCUCUAACGAACUACGCAGCGGCUACGUUGACGCAGUGCAAAACUCCUUCCGGCGGCCACGACCAACCUACACCGUUCAACAUCAAAUUUUAAAUCGGUGUGACUUCCAAUAUCGGAAACCCAAGCUUCCAAUGAUAUUCGGGAAGAAAUCCCCUUGCUGUUCUAGCAGUUUGAAUAUGUUGGCCCUUCCUGCGUGCUGAUCAUUGUUUGAAAAAAAUAGCGAUUGAGAGUUUGAAAGACAGCUAUCUAGGCAUUCUGGGGCAUGGCUGCUGAAGACAGAAUCAGUGGAUUUCCUAGUGAUAUACUUGACCGUAUUUUGGGGCUCUUACCAAUUCGAGAUGCUGCUAGAACAUCUGCUUUGUCUACGGCUUGGAGAGAUGUCUGGUUAAGUCUUUCCCAACUCAUCUUUGACGCUAAAUUUUUUGAUCACAUCCAUCACCGCUACAUUGCAGAAUCAGCCAUGCUUGUAAUCAACAAUAUUCUCAUGAGGCACAACAGACCUAUCCGAAAAUUUGUUUUCCAUUUUGGCAAUUUCUUUUGGGCAAAAAGAGAUACGAAGUCUAGUUUGGUUGAACUGGAUGAAUGGUUACUUUAUCUCACAAGAAAUGGGGUUGAAGAAUUGGACCUAUUUUUGUGGUCAUCUGCAUAUGCAUAUGAAUUGCCCGAUUUCAUAUUUUCAUGCUCAACUCUCAAGAAGUUGCGUCUUCAUGGAGUGUUUGUUGAACCAAUAAAGGUCCCGUGCAUAUUUCCGAAUGUCACUUCUCUUUGUCUUAAAAAUAUUCAGUUUGAUUCCAGAAAUCUUCUCUAUUCUCCCACGGAUCUUCCCAUGCUAGAGAGUCUUGAGUGUGGAGAUAUUUCUGGUUUCAACAUGACUGCCCCAAAACUUAGAAGUUUAAAAAUUUCCAAUUUUACUUCUCAUGGCAUUCUUCCGGUUACCUUGGAUUUGAAACCCAUCUUUUCUCUUCAUCUCGACAUUUGCUCUGCCAAGGAUAUUAUUAAAGAAUUUAGGCGAUUGGGUAAACAAGGACUUGUGCUCAAUGUGGGUUGCCUCAAGCUACGUUUGAGGGUCCGUAUCGAUGAGAUUUCUGCCUUCAUUGAAUUGUUGCAAAUGUGCCCAAACUUAUACAAACUUGAUGUAGACCUAUUGAACAAAGGUGUGGAAAUUACUACAGAAGCUGCUUUGGAGUGUCCGGAGUUUAUUCUGGGUGAAACAUGCCAAAGGGUUCGUACUUUGAAUAUUUCUUGUGCGUUUAGAGGGUCAAGGCCAGAAAUGAUAUUCUUUAAGUGGCUUGUUGCAUGCUUUCCCAUGCUUGAGAAGGUUUUCAUAUAUCAAAGAAAAACAUUCUGCUCCAACAUAGAGUUUAAAAACGAGCGAAAGCUUUUGUGCUUUCUCCGGGAUUCUUCAAAAGCAGAUAUUGUUUACACCGAAAAAGGUUGUUAGAUUUGUAAUGUAGUUCAAGUAUUUUGUAAUAUAGUACUCAUGUGUAUGUACUACUCAGUAUGUAAACUUUCAACCUCUAAAUCUUGCGGAACGUUGCCCAUUAAGUUUGAUGGGAAAUUUUCACCA